AAUGAAGCUAUCAGUUCUGAUCUCAACAAUCUUAGGUCUUGCGCUCGGGAUGGCCUUUCCUCAACCAAGGGUUCCUCCAUUUUUUGGAAAGUAGAAUAAAUAUAUAAUAAAUAUAUUUAAUUAUUGGUGCGCCAAA